AAAAAAAAAGAAAAAAAAAUUGAGUUUAGAAAUUGACUAUUUGUGAGAGAAAAAUGAAAUCUUCCCGGAUAAAUUUGGUAAUGACAGUGAUUGGGUUUGGCCUGAGUAUUAUGUUCAUAGUUUUUGUGUGCACAAGACUCAUUUGUGCUCGGAUACUAUUGAUUGCAUCCAGGCGGUCUGCUAGGUCAUCCAGAUCUGAUCUUACCCAUUUAGAGAGGGGUUCUCAUGGCCGUGAACAUCAAACACCAGCUAACUUUCCUACCAAGAAGUAUGGAGAAUUAUGCUCGUCCCUAGACGAAAGUGCUCGAUGCACUGUUUGCUUGGCCGAUUACCACGAAGAGGACACGUUGUGCAUAAUUCCAGUGUGUGGACACAUGUUCCACACGACAUGCAUCGGGAUAUGGUUACAACAGCACGCCACAUGUCCUGUGUGCCGAGUUUCACUGAAUGAAAUCUCCAGGAGAAAAUGGUAUAUGCAACCCAUGUUCAGUUCAGCCCUUAGAUAUUCUCCGCGCAAUGUGCAGCAGUCUGUCAACUUGCAUCAUUGUCAUUGCACGGCAAACGGCAGUAGACAUUCAUUGAGAAUGCGCGAGGAUGAGAUAGUGGGCCCCACUCGUGAUGGAGAUAGUGUUGGGCAUAGAAGUUCCAUUGCUAUUAAUCACAGGGAGAGUAUCAAAAAGUAGGGCCGUUCUCUGGAUUAUUAUUGUUAUUAUUGAUUUUGUAAAUAUGUUGUUUAAUGAUGUUUUUUGUUGGGUUUUACUUUACGUCGGCAGUUUUGUUUAGCGAAGUCACUUCAGAUAGCAGUGUUGUUUGUACAUGGGUCCUUGCUUGUUUGAGGGACACCAGUGGGGUUUUGGAGUUGGUUUUUUCUGUUUGGAAUUUGAGUUACUUGGGAGUUUUAAGCUCAUAUAUGAGGACUUUAGUACCACCAUGUGCUGCAAUUUGUAUUUAAUUUGAUGAAACUAAAAAUUGGGCCCAUCUCCUUUCGAUAAUUGGUUAGGAGUUAGGGUAUCAUGUGCGUCAGUUGGAUUAGAGCUGUAAACAAACCGAAUGUUCGUGAACAAAA